AUGACGACCAGUAUGGAGAAUGAAUCAACUUCAACUCAGAAUAAACCAGGAGCUAAGCCAUCUCUUAUUACAACGUAUGAUGAAGAUACCGAAGAUCAAGACAAUGAUGCUGUCAACCAUUUUUCAUUAAAACGAGAACAAGAACAAAAUAAUAUUGAUAAUGAUGAUAGAAAUUCAAAACUGAAAAGUUUUGAAGAUCUAAUAGUUGUUCCAAGUUCAGCUGGAAUACCUCAUAUUUUCGAGAAUUCAUUCACAAAACACAACAGCACUACACAACCAUCGGUAAGAUCAAAUUUACAAAAGAUCAGAUUCCCAUCACUUGACAGAAUUGCACCUACAAUUCCUAGUAACAAACACAAUUCAAGGAGUUCAACAUCUACAUUCUCAAGUAACAGAAGUACUAUGAGUAGCAUCACCCGAUUCGACGUAGAUGAGAUAAUUUUUUCACUUCGAGAGAAAGCGCGUCAUAAUUUCCGUGAACUACGUCAUAAUUUUAUCAUAAAUGAUCCCAUGGGAGUUGGAAAUGUACGCAGAGAAGCACUCGGAAGAGUAUUAACACGUUUACUAUAUUGGCCUGUAAAACAGAAACACGUCACUCAACUACUCAGUCAGCUAGGCAUUCCAAGAGAUAAAGAGCUUAUCAAUUUUACAGAAUUCUACGCUACAUUAUAUCCGCGAAAUAAGGAAUUUAAUUCACUUUCAUCAAAGAAAGAGAAUAAGGAAAUACACGGAUUGCCAAACAGUGAAAGACAACUUGUCCCUCUACAACAAACGAAUCAGAAUAAAGACAAUACGGAAGAUGAUAAAAAUAAUAAUAAUAACAAUGCAUUUAGGUUAUUGACAGAUUCUGAUGAAUCAACUGAUCUUGCCAACAGUACCGAAAGCAAUCGCGAUUGGUCUUUUCUUACUGAGUUACCAUCACAGUCCGACCCGGUUAGACCCAAUCUGUUAGCUCACCAGGCUAUGGCUAUUCUUAGACAACAUUUAUUCAAGGGAUCACUUCAGUUAGACAACUUAUUCAAGUUAAAUACUCAUGAUGGACAAAAUCAGUUAAUUGAUCGUAACGAAUUUUAUCAAAAACUUUCUCAACUUGGUUUAUGCAUGUCGAAUGGUGAAUUUAUGAAGUUUUGGAAACGAUUGAAUCCCAAGAAUGAAUCAAGUUUACCAGCUGAAUAUUUUCUACAGCAUAUGAAUUUGAGCAGUAAUCAUAAUAACGGACAAGCAUCAAACAACAUGCUAUUAGCGAUAACCGAUGGAGAAAUGACAUCAUUAAAUCAAUCUAAAUUAUCACCAAUACAAAGCAUUAUCCCAAGUUUAAUUAGAAGAUUUCGUAAAGGAUAUAGAAAAGCUUGUAAAGCCGUUGAAAUAUGUACAAAGCGUUACAUUAAAGAUCUGGCAGAAAAUCCAAAUUCUUUACACAAUGAUAUUACCCCUAUGCCUGAAGGUUAUACAAAUGCUGACAUAUUUAUAGAAGUGUUGAAGUAUUUGAAAUUACCUGUAUUAGAAAAAAUACAGUUAGGGAAAUUUUUCAGUCGUUAUGGAUUAACACUUACAAGCAGAGGUUUACUACCAUAUGCAGAAUUAUUUCGACGUUUUCAAGAUCGUUCUGAAGCUGGUGUAGUACAUCAACUAUUGACCUACACACUGAUCUCGAAGAAACCAUAUAAUGAGCAAGAUGAAAAUAUAAUAAAACUUGAGUACGAAUUAACUCGAAAAUUCCAUAGAGAUUUCUUAACUUUACUUAAUACACUCAGAAAUUUUGAUCCAGAUCGUUCAGGCACCAUUACUCCAGCCAACUUUCGAAUCAUUUUAUUCAAUCAUUACGGAUUUGAAUUUAGUGAUGAAAGUUUUAAAGAAUUUCUUGACUAUCUACCACUUGACUCAAGUGGCAAUGUACAAUAUGCUGAAUUUAUGCGCCAAUUCGAUUCAAGAGGUGUAAAAUAUGAACCGCUAUUAGUGGAGAAAUCCAGAGAAGACCACCAGGCGGGAAACUGCAAGUUAGAAUCAAGUGUCAUGCUAGAAAACAAAAAGGAUGCACAAUCCACUGAUCAAAUAAAAUCUGAGUCGAUUGACCAAUCUCAAACAACAAUUAAUGUUAAAACUCACCACCGUACAAUGAAAGAUUUGAAAAAAAUUAUUCAUGAAACACUCAAGUCAAAAGUUCAUGAAAUUGAGAGUCGAUUUUAUGAAUUGGAUGAAUAUAAUACAGGUCGACUGACACAAGAACAACUAUAUCAACUACUAAGAAUUGCCAACAUUGAACCAGAAAUAACGCGUGGUGAAAUAAGAAAAUUAUGGCCAGAAUUUUUUGUUGAUCGAAAGCAAUGUUUAUCGUUUCAUGAAUUUCUACGACACUUUUUGUAUCGCAAAUCAGAUGCUUCCUAUCCAAAUGCUAAACUGGUCCCACCACGUUUGGGUGAUGCUGAUCUAAUGCCAUGUUCAAAUAAGCUGAAUGGUGUAACUUGUUUGAUUAAGGAUUCACUACGUGCUAAGAUAGAUUUUAUGUUUGACCUUCUAUAUAAAGAAUUCGUUGAAAUGGAUCCUGAAGGAACUGGAUUUAUAACGCAUAGCCAGUUAGCUCAAGUGCUAAUAGAAUUAUGUUUACAGGUAUCUGAUAGAGAAUUAGAUGAUUUGAUUGAAAAAUUCGAUAUACACAAAACGGAACGUGAGAUAUCUUAUCUUGCUCUGUUACAACCUUUCAUAAGGAAUCGUUUACUCAAGUCAAAUAAACUUGAUAGAAAGUCAAUAAGUUUAUUGGCGAAUCAAAUACUAGGAACAGCAAAAACUAACCAAAUCACAUCAUCUUUACUUCCUAUUUUGAAUGAAGUCAAACCGAAAGUACCGAUAUCCCGUCUCGGUUGGAGUAAAAUACGUCGGUCAAUGCAACAGGCUGAUAAAACACGUUGUGGUCGUUUAGAAGCACCAGUGUUUAGGGAUCUUUAUCAAAAUGGUACAGGAAUUCGUCUAACGGAUGAACAAGUUUAUCAACUUCUAACAAGACUUGAUCCUGACGUAUCUGGUACGCUACCUUAUGUACGUUUACUUGAAGAUACACAAGCUAUAUGCAAUUAUGAAGAUGAGGUGAGUAGGACGAAAAUGUCAAAAGGUGAAAAUACAGAGGAGCAAUGUGAUAAGACAACGAAUAAUGAAGAGCAUACUCAGGAAAGUUAG